AUGAUGAAGAGUACAGGUUUAUUCAUAAUCAUGUCGUACCUUCUUCGAACAACGAUAGCGGUUGUUGGUCUCUGUGGAGCGGGUUCUAUACUUUAUAAUAGAUGUUUGGCAAACAAACCACCACCCGAACACAACAAGGAACUUAUCCAUUUAGCGGCUGUAGCGUUAUCUAGUGAAGUGGUAGACACUGUUAUUUUUCGAAAUGAAGAGUCAUUGAAACUUCUUAGAGGCUUUGUAAAGAAAGUAUUCCUUCAUCCCGAUGUAGUUCAUGAAAUAAAGACUCAUGUAGUCUCUGAAUUUACAACUAAUAAAGAAACCGUUGCUGCACUUCGUAAGUUUAUUGUGGAAGAUAUUAUCCGCGAUACUUGGGUGGCUGAUGAGCUCAUUAGUAUGGCUAAAGAGACUGGAAAGGAAAUUGUACACGAUCGAACGAUUUAUCCCGAUCUCAGUUUGAAAUUACUUGCGGAUGCCACUCAGGAGGGAUUGCGAACCUCAACGUUUAAAGAGGCACUGAAGUCUGCAGUGAAGGGUUCACUCUGGCAGGCGUUCUUAGGGCCCCCACCACCCCAUCUUACUAAGGGAGUGGAGAAGUGA